AUGGCACUACAAGAGACAGCGGUGACGCGGCGCCUGCAAAAUGUCAAACAUAUCAUACUAGUCCUAGCUGGUAAAGGGGGGGUCGGAAAGUCAUCGGUGUCGACACAGCUAGCGCUCAACUUGGCGGCAUCCUCACCGAAUGUCAAAGUGGGUAUUCUGGAUGUCGAUCUUACAGGACCGUCGAUCCCGCGUAUGUUUGGAAUCGACGAUCAGGGUGUUCACCAAAGCAGCGACGGCUGGGUGCCGGUAUAUGCGGACGGGCCGAGUGCUCGAGUGGCUUGCAUGAGCGUAGGCUUCCUGCUGAAGAACAAGGGCGACUCUGUAGUAUGGAGGGGACCCAAAAAGAACGGAAUGAUACGACAAUUCCUCAGCGAUGUGAGAUGGGGCGAGCUUGAUUACCUUGUUAUCGAUACACCCCCUGGGACAUCGGACGAACAUCUUUCUCUAAUGGAACACAUGGCGGGGGUACAUUCUCGACUGUCAGCUGUCAUUGUAACGACACCGCAAGCCGUGGCCCUCAUGGACGCGAUGAAGUGCCUCUCGUUCACGCGUGCCGUAAAUCUGCCUGUCCUUGGGCUUAUCGAGAACAUGAGUGGAUAUGCGUGCCCAUGUUGCGGGGAAGUCAGCAACGUUUUCUCAACAGGAGGCGGGUCAGAAAUGGCGCGGAAAGAAGGACUGCGAUUCCUUGGAACGCUGCCUGUGGACACGGAACUUGUGUCUGUGCUAGACGGGGGCGUUGGUGAGGACGGUGGGGGUGUAUUCCGGCUGCUUGAACGAUAUGAAAAGACAGCGACGGGGAAACUGUUCAAAGAUAUUGUGAAGGGUGUGGUAGAAUCGCUGGGCUAA